CCAGGCGGAAAUUUUAGAGGUUGGACACCUACUCCUCCAGAAAGAGGUUCUUUUCCUCUUGACCAUGAUGGAGAAUGUACAGAGUAUAUGACCAAAUACUUGCAAUGCAUGCGUUUCACUGAGAACAAAAACGCGCCCAACUGCCGUAUCUUGGCCAAACAGUAUCUUGGUUGUCGUAUGGACAACCAGCUCAUGGAGGAGCUGACAUGGGAUUCGUUGGGGUUG